AUGAAGUAGAGCAAGCUGGACGCCUAGUGUUCACUCUGUCUACUGAGGCAAUUUCCUUGAUCUCCAGGAUGAGAUGAAGGAAGAAAGGAAGGGAGUAAAUGCAUAGAGGGGACUGGUGAGCUGGUUAUGGGGACCCAUGGCCAAAGAGGGCAAAGGAUAUGAAGCCUAGAUCUAGGGGGAGACUGCGAAACAGACCGGACUUUGGAAUUACAGCUACAGCAGCAGGCCCUGAUCUGUCCAGAUCUCCCUACUCUCCUUCUACCUUCUCAUGCAGGAGGCCUUGGGUCCAGAGACCCUGGAGCGGCUUCUAGAAAAGCAGCAGAGCUGGGAGCAGAGCAGAGUUGGACCGCUGUUUAGGGGGCCACAGCUGGCUGCCAAGAAAGCAGCCCUGGUAGCAGGGGUUGUGCGACCAGCUGCUGAGGAUCUUCCAGAACCUGUGCCAAAUUGUGCAGAUGUACGAGGGACAUUCCCAGCAGCCUGGUCUGCAACCCAGAUUGCAGAGAUGAACCUCUCAGACUUUGAGGACUGCCUGACACUAUUUGUAGGAGAUGCAGGACUUGGGCCCAAGGAAUUGUGGGCAGCAUGGGGAAAGCAAAACAGGUUAGUGAUGGAGAGCCAAGUAAGGUCGGCCAUGAGGAAGCUCUUUGAGUGUGAUGUAGGAGAAGAAGAGAAUGGAGAGUUGGAUGAGAGGUGGGGGAAGCAGGAGAUAAAAGAGUUAGAAGAUUUGGGUCACAAGUAGGAGGUGAGGGGGAAUAAAUAUUGAGGAAAGAGAGCUAGUAUAAUGAAUAGAGGGAAUAUAGCAGUGGUUACCAAAUUUUAAUGUGUAUCACAAUCAUUAAGAGAACAGAUUUUUUCCUUUAUUCUUUUUUUUUUCUUUCUUAAAAAAUAAUGGCAUGCCUCAUGAAUUUGUGUGUUAUCCUUGCGCAGGCGCCAUCCUGAUCUCUGUAUCAUUCCAAUUUAUUUUGUGUAUGUGCUGUUGAACCGAGCACGGGAACAAUGUCAGUGCCAGAUUACCAUGCUAGAUUGACUUAAUAAAAACCUUUGGGGAGGCUGGACGCAGUGGCUCAUGCCUGUAAUCCCAGCACUUUGGGAGGCUGAGGCAGGUGGAUUGCUUGAGCCCAGGAGUUUGAGACCA